AUGGCCAAUCUCUUUGCCUUCGCUCUUGCCGAAAACAGACUGGUUUAUCAGCCGGGUGAAACAAUUUCAGGAAGCUUGCUUCUCAACACGGACAAAGAGCUAAAUUUGAGAAGUAUUCGGGUUGAACUACAAGGAACAGGACACGUACGCAUUCGUUCCGGUAAAGUCACCUACGAGAGGAGAGAGCCAUAUCUGGGUUUUCAGAUAGUCGUACUUGGAAGAGGUGAGAAUUUAACACGUAAACUUUUGUUUCUGACAGUGCGAUUCUUUCGAAGGGAAUGUUCAGAAAGGAAAAUAAUUUGGCACAGAGGAGAACUAGCCUUGUGUCCAACUCGUCUAUUAAAUAAGCGUGGUUUCAAAUCACAUGAUAGAAAACUUAUUAGCAUACACAAGCUUUCGAUCCAUCACGGAAUCUUUUUCAAGUAUAGAGUAUUCUAUCCUGGGAUUUGAAACCUCGUUUACUUUAAAUAUAAUGAUCAUCCAAGUGACUCGUUCUUCGCAACAGUGUAAGAACACCUCGACCAUAUCCUUUUCGACUCAAACUUCAAAAACAUGAAAAGUCAUUUCAUUAUUUUAAAGACCUCCAUAAUUCGAGCAGCAAUAAGUAUGUAAAGCACUUUCCCAAGAUUCUUUUCACACAAGAAAACGCCAGAAAAUAUUGCGUAAAACAAUAACAACAACCUUGCUAUUUAAUUAUAACACUUUGGCAUUAAAAUUCAUAUUUAUAUAGGUCGAAUGUCAUUCCCUAAAUCCAAUCGCAUAAAACUUUCUUUCCAUAUAAAGUUGCAUCGGCCUACAAAUCGUGACCCAAUUCCCUGAUCUAUUCCUUCGCAAUCCAGACCAGAGCAUACAAACAUUUCCCAUAUUUCGGGGCACACAAAAAAUUAAAAUCCUCACUAUUACUUUUGUCACUGUAUUAACAUACGGUCUCUCAACGGGGUGCUGCACUUCCCGUUUCUGCUCUGUGAUUGCCCCCGCAGGGAUUUUGCCCACAAGGCGAAAUCCCGAGGAGGCACUCUAGUAGCUCGCUGAUAACAUCUCCCCCCCCCCCUCCCCCUCCACCUCCUCCUCUAACCUCCCUAUAAUUUCCCAUAAAUCUCUCCAUAUCAUAAAACAUAAGCGCAAAGUGUGUGAGCAAAGUUUACAUGUGAUGAUUUAUGAGGAGAAAGCGAGAGUUAUUUGAUGAUAUUUUUCUCGUAUUAAGUAUGGAAAUUGUUCCUGGUUAGCCGGCUAAUCUUUAUCCUUUUCAGGUCCUCAGAGCGGUAAUGAUGUAAGACUUUUACCCGGCAAUUAUGCUUUUCCAUUCCAAUUUCCUCUGCCUCCACACAGUUUGCCAACAUCGUUUGAGGGUCCAUACGGUAGCGUCAGGUACUGGCUUCAGGCAGUAGUGGAUCGACCCUGGAGAACAAAUCUACAGAUUACCAGCCCACUGUGUAUUGUGGAGCGUGUGCAGAUUAGAGACCCUGCGUUAAUGGUAAGUCUAAGAAAUCACAAUUUUGAAAAGUGUGAUAAGCUGCUUAAAUUUCUGGCCAUCAUUUCGGAAUUUUAUAUCCCGAAUGGAGUGACGUGGAGCUAAACAUAACCACACAAAACUUGAUUGGAUCAAAUGAACAAACACUGAAAACUAAUAAAAAAUACAACAACGAAAGAAGACAAGGAAUUUAGAGGUGUAGGAUUCUGGGUAGACUGCUUGACGUUACGUUACAAUGAGGAAUUGGGUCAAGACGAGGAACAGACAUGUUUAAUUGGUUAAUUAAAUUCUUUUGACAGCUUCGUAUUCCCCAGACAGAACAAGAGAGUUAGCAGUCUCUUAUUUUUUCUUCUCGGCCUUACACCCUCGUUUAUCGCUCUUGGCCGCUCGUGUGCUUGGGUUUUUCAGGUGCAGUAACUUUGCAAAGAAAAAUAAGAGACUGCUCGCAGUCUAGAUUUUGGGUGAAGGGAAAAAAACAGGCACAAAUUGGGCUGUUCUGAACAUCACCGUGAAUACUCUGCAAUGGUGGGUCUGGGGGAGAGUCCGGUGAUUUCGUGGGCCACCCCCACCCCCACCCUAUGUUCCAAAUGCCUCCAUAUACGCAACAGAUUUUUAGGGAUUUACUGUGUGCUUUAGAGCAGGGCACCCAACAAAUGAAUAUUUCCAAAUACUCUGGAACCAAAGUGUAUCAAAUUGUUUUCCAUCUCCUCGAACAGGACAAUCGCAGGAGAGUGAUUACUGAAUAAACUGUGAAUCGAUUUUUUGUCUCGUGGCGUAUCAAUGUAAAAGAGAGCCGGAUCUUAUGUACUCAUUAACAAACCAAACUAGUGACUGAUGUUUCAUCUAUUUUUCUUUCCAGGAACCAUGUGUGAAAAAUGAUGACCGAAUGCUUGGCUGGGUUUGCUGUCCCUCUGGCCAGCUGUAUGCAACAGCCCGUAUUGACCGUAGUGCUUAUUGUCCGGGCCAAGAGGUCAGGAUAACUGGUCAUGUCAGUAACCAAAGCGGCAAACAGGUUAUUGGUACUGAAGUGCAGCUUGUACAAAAAGCUUUGUAUAAGGCACCUCAUGGUAAGUGCGUAAGGGAGGAUAUGAGGAAGCAGUAGUCAGAAAAAGACAUUUUCGGAUUAUACAGUGUUUAUUUUAUGUAUGUUCUGGUAUUCUGAUCUUGAUGGGUAGAGCCAGAGGCACUAAUCUCUAUUGCACAGCAAAGCAAAAUCUCUCACCACAGUAUCAGUUUGAUGCCAUUGCUAACAAGUUGUUAGAGCUUCCGAUAACCGCCACUCACGAUGGCGUUUAAAUUUGAUGAUGGAAAUGAUAUUUCAAAACUGCGGCUACUAAAAAACCACCCGAUUUGAAAGGGUCCUGCACAAACAGAGUUGGAUUUAGGGGAGGGGCCCCCACGUUACUUUUAGGCCAAACCGAAACGCACACGUCCAAAAUUAUUAAUAGUGAGCAUAAGCAAAGACGUUUUUGAGCGACUCACGUCAACCGGAAGUGAUUUUUGCACGGUGGUUUUGCCCAAAUUUUUGGACAAAUCGUCUCUAUAAUAGUUAAGACACUUAGAAAUACAAGUGUGGGAGCAUCAAGGUGCUUUAAAAUGAAAAACACCUCACCUCCGGUUGACUUGCGUCGCUCAAAAACACCUUUGCUUGUUUCAGAAAGUGCUUAGAUUAGAUUAGAAUAAUUAAAUUUUACAAAUGACAUUUACCACAUGGAUAUUGUUAGUAUUUUAUGUCAAUUUCCAAAUUUUUUUGUUUAUUUUUUUUUUGUAUUUCAUUGAAUGAAUGAAUGAAUGAAAACUUUAUGUAAGUGUCUAUGUUUUUAGCUAUAAGCUAAUGGGAGACACUGUAAAAUAAUAAGUCAAAUACCAGAUACAAAAUAUCACUAAAAAGAAAAAAUAAAAGAUUGCGUGUAGAUUAUGGAAUUAUUUACAAAAUUUGUUACAAAGCCUCAACAAAUGAAUAUUUACAAGAGUUGAAAAGUCAACUUCCGUAAUGUUCCUCUUAAACGAGUUUAGAGUUUCUAUCAUUCUUAGGUGUCUUGGCAACUUCGACCAAAUGAGAGGUCCCAUAUAUUUUAUUGAAUUCUUUUAUUUACCUACUAUUUAUUUAUUUAUUUAUAAUUUAUUUGGUAAUCUGUAGGUUCAAGUCAAUUCUUUUUUAUUAUUAUUUUGAAUUUUAUCAAUGUAUUUAUUCAUGAGUUUAUUUUUUAAGUUCUUACAGUGAUGGGCAUCCCCCUUUGUAGGACCUAAAAUUUUGGGCGAUCCCACACCUAUUUGAUUUUGAUUAGCUGGGAAAACAAUAGGGGUUGUAACAUAACAAUGCCCCUAUCUAUGAAAACAGUGGAAGUGCACAUUAGAGGGGACCAGUGAAAUAAGAGGUUUAGAAGGGUGCAUGUCAAGAGAAAAUUUUAUGUAGACGUAGAUGUAGAUGAGCCAUCCUCGGAGACCCAGGGGCAGUCAGUCGGGUCGAGAAUGUGGAUAAGCAGGCCCCCAGUCAGCCACUCAUACUUGAAGAUCUGAAUCUGCCACUCAAGCCAAAAUCUUGUAUGAGCUGAAUACAUGCUUUAUCUAGACUAACUGCAUUAACUUUGUUUGUUUUAGAUACCACGCGCACAGUUACAGAGAAGAUUUAUGUUUUAACAAACGAACAGGGAUUUGCCCCCGGGGAGGACGGCGAUGUUCACUUUGAUGCUUUUUCCGUUCCUUCCGUUCAGCCAACAACGGAGGGGUUCGGCUGCAUUGACAUAUCUUACAGAAUAAGGGUACGUGAAACCACAGCAAUUACAUAAAAGAAAAAUUCAGCUGACUUUUUCAUAAGAUGUAGGAAGACUGAGCACUAGCUUAGUUUUGCUUGGACUGCGAGCAGUCUCUCUUUUUCUUCAGAUUUAAUGAGAGCAAUGCACGCGCGCGGGAGCGAGAAGCCGCGAGACGCGCGAAACGAGGGUGGCAGCCGGAGAAGCGUCUCGCGCCAUCAGUCACGCGCGUGGCCAUUUGCGUGUCUCGCGUUUUGCUCGACGGACUACAGAAAAAAAAAGAGACUGCUCGUAGUCUAAGUUUUGCUCAGAAAUCUGGUAUCGCUUAGGCUACAACAACAAGCAAUGAUUGGUUAAAGGUUGGUUUUGGGUACCCUGGAAUCAUGGGGUUAUUUUCUGAACAACAUUUAGUGUCGCGUCGGUGAAGGUCAUUCCUCUGAAAUGAACCUGCAGUGAGAAGUUUGUCAAAUUUUACCGAUUGGUUGCCUAUGUUAUGGGAACUAAAAUUUGGAAAUAAUAUUGGUGAGUUUCUAUACUCCUUUAGGAGCAGCAGCUACUUGUAUAAACGCAAUAAUUCCUUAAAAUAACAAUAUGAUUAUAUUUGAUUUUUUGUUCUGCAUGCACAGAGAUUAGUCUAUAUUUAUUUUAGAGAAAGAAAGUUGCUCAUCUUAAAAGAAAAGAGAUAAAUUAUAGGUCACCGUACUCGUUUUUAAGGGAGAAAAUGAACAGAGUAGUUGAAUAAAAUCAAAGCGUUGUUUGAUUAUAUUUGGAUAUCCUUGACCAAUCAGGUCCUAACACUGGUACUCAAACGAUCCCAAGAGUCGUUCCUUUAAAAGCCUGCACCCUGCAUUCUCGUCAAAGUUUCUGGCUUGGUGAAUAGAAAAACCUGUGAAUGUUGAAGGGACAGAAAACAGAAAUGACUUUGGUCACUUGUAGUCUUGGGCCCUGUCCACACGUAUCACUAGGGACUUUAAGAUCCAACGACGCGGACGACAGCGACAACGUCAAAAAAAACAAUUGGUUUAAUUAGCAAAACAACAACUUCGCACGUGCAUCACACUUUAUUGUACAUUUCUUUCCCGUUUUUGCACGACUUACGACGUGAAAAUGCCUAAUUUCACGUUUUAUGGAGGACGUAAACAACCAACGACGAAAUUUUAUUUCUCUUUCUGAGCUUGAAUUUGGUCCCUUGAAAUUCAGCUUCAGGAGGGUUCGCCUACAAUAAUAUUGACAAAGUAAGUGGGUAGGAAUAAUCGCUAUGAAGACUGAAAGAACGCAAAUUCACGUUUUAAGCGACAUUCUUGUCGCCGUCGCGUCGUUGGAUCUUAAAGUCCCUACUAUUCGUUUGAAAACGCAACUUUGUUUCUCCGUUUUCAAAAAAUCCGCGUCCACUCGUAGCGUUUUCACAUCGUUUUCGCCCGUCCACACGUAUACGAUGAAUCGAUUUGAAAACGGUAACUUACCCGACUGCGCAUGCUUGACGCAUGUGUGUUAAAAGACAAGAAGGGGAAGCGCCCGUCCGCCAUCUUGAAUAAGUUUCUAAUAUUGCUCGGAGUGGAAUGGAACUGAUAAUGUGACCUCAGCGUUUUCGAAAAGUUCCGUUUUCGUUUGCCCAGACGCACACGCAAAAACAAUGUUUUCAAACAGUUCCACUCUGGAGAGCGUUUUCGAAAAGUUCCGUUUUCAUUGAUCAUUUUCAUCGGAUACGUGCGGACGGAAGCCGUAUCCGUAAAGAAAAAGUAGCGUUUUCAAAUGAAAACGGAUACAUGUGGACGGGGCGUUAGUUAUUGCUUUAGUUAAAGGAUAAUCACAAGCCUCAGAAACAUUUCAAAGGAAAAAGGAAAGAGCUAUUACUGUAAAAUAAGCGUUAUUUAAACAUCGAAGUGUUAGUACGGAGUUUUUAAUUCAUAUUUAUUUUCAACUCUCUUUUCAGUUUAAAGUGCGUGUAGCCAGAGCUUUCAACACAGAAAUAGAAUUCCCAGUAAUAAUAACCACAGUGCCUCCUAGUGCCCAACCCUCCAUCGAACAAGUUCUUAGUCAUCAGAUCUACAGCGCUCUCGCCAAUUACCUGGCGUCACGUGUAUCCGCCGAGUUGGCCAGUGAUGAAGCUGCAGACGAGGAGACCGAGACAGGAAUGGGCCGAGUUGCACUGGAUGAUGGAUCAACAGCGUCAGAUUUUCCUGGUAGGUUUGCAUACAAAAAAACAAACAAUAAAACACUUUUAUUCAUAAUUUGCCAUUAUCGUCUUUAAGAUGGAAAGCUCUUUAUUUUCAGUUGUCUAGAAUAAACAAAGUCGAUGGCAAUUUACUGUAUUGGCAAAUCAGUUUAUCACUUGUUUGCCCCUUGAGAAAUCACGUGACAUUGCCUCUAUCCCAUUAGUCACUAAGCGCGUGCAAAGACGGCGGUUAUCGUGAAUGAGGUCUAUUUUAAGGCUUCAAAGUUAAGCGUGACUAUAGUUUUCACUGAACAGGAACUGUUCACAGAUUAUAUUGAACAUUGGUUUAAUUUUUUUUCGUUUUUACACAGGUUCUCGACAAGCUCCUGCCGUUCCCUUACACAGCAGCACUAGGAAUGCUCCAGCGAACGGCAAGCCUUACCAAUAUUCAAAGAUAGAAGUG